GUGGUGCGAGCGGCGCCGGCUUCCAGCCCCGAGGGCGGCCGAGCCAUGAGCGAGCCGCCGGCCGAAGUGCUCGCCUUCCUCCGCGAGCACCCGAGUCUGCGGCUGGAGCCCGGCGCCGCUAAGGUGAAAUGCGCUCUCACCGGCCACGAGUUGCCCUGCCGUCUGCCCGAGCUCCAGGUCUACACCCGCGGCAAGAAGUACCGGCGGUUGGUCAGCGCCUCUCCGGCCUUCGACUACGCGGAGUUCGAACCGCACAUCGUGCCCAGCACCAAGAACCCGCACCAGCUGUUCUGCAGACUCACCCUGCGGCACAUCAACAAGGUCCCCGAGCAUGUGCUGAGGCACACCCAGGGCCAGCGGUACCAGAGAGCUCUGCGUGAAUAUGAAAGGUGUCAGAAGCAGGGCGCGGAGUACGUGGCCGCCUGCCUCCUGCACAGGAGGAGGAGGAGGGAGGACCAGGUGGACGGUGCCGGGCCGCCUCGCCGGGGAGAAGCCUUCUGGGAACCUUCGUCCGGUGAGGACGGCGCAGCUGCAAGUGACAGUGAUGACAGCAUGACAGACCUGUACCCGCCCGAGCUGUUCACCAGAAAGGACCCGGGAGGGACUGAACACGGGGACGGCACUGAGGACUUUCUGACCGAGGGGGAGGACGAGAGGCCAAGGGGCCUGACAGAGACGGGCCCUGGGGGCAGAGAAGAGACGCGAGGGGACCAGGAGCCUGUCCUCAAGCGCCGGAAGAGACAGUUGGGCUCGGCGAAGAAGUUCAGACGUCACCACCGUAAACCCAAGAGCUUCAGCAAUUUUAAACAGUCAGGUUAAUAAACGGCUGCCGGAGAAAAGCACGUGUGGAAAGCUUUUCCGGAGUCCUUCAGGUCCUCGA